UUACAUUGACAAGCUGCAUUCGCUUGAGUUGCUAAUCGUGGAAGAAAUCGAAUGUUGCGCACCGGAUUUGUCGAGCUCGCAAGGAACAGGAAAAAAGUCAGACAGUUUGCAAUCUUGGUUGGGGGUGAACAAUUUAAAUGAACUACGUCGAAAAGUUGAUGAUAUGUCUGCUACAGAACUCAAACAGCUUAUAUUAUCAAAGGUGAAGAACUCUGCGCCUCCGUGUUCUUCGGCGUCGCCGCUACUCAUCAAAACGGAGCAAAGCGAUACCUCGAAGCUAGUGGAAGAUUUGUUAAAUGAGCUUUCGACAGCCCCGCCUUCCAAAGAGUGGGAGAUUGAUUUGUACGAAGUGCGGUUUUUGCGACGGAUAGGACAAGGCAACGCGGGUACUACAUACUUGGCUGACUGGAGUAACCUGAAAGUUGCCGUCAAAGUUGCUUCUAUUUCCGAGAUGGGUUUGGAUGGUUGGCGCAAGGAAGUACAAUCCCUACAGAAACUUCAUCAUCCCAACAUUAUUCGCUUACUUGGGUCGGUCUACCACCCAAAUCCAUUAACAUUUUGUUUGGUGCUAGAGUACUGUGAUGCGGGUGAUCUAUCGACUGCGAUUCAAAAGGUAACUCCCCGUAACUUUGUUUUUCACGUUGCGCAAAGUAUUGCGAGGGGCAUGUGCUAUCUCCACAAUCGGGGGAUUAUUCAUCGCGAUAUCAAACCAGCGAAUGUGCUCUUGAGCGGCAAAGUUUCUUCCGGUCAAUUUGACGUCAAGGUAACAGACUUUGGGGUAGCGACGGACACCAAUUCGGUAGAAGACCGAACCGCGGAGACAGGAACUUAUCGUUGGAUGGCUCCAGAAGUGAUUCGUCACGAAGCCUAUAGUCAGACUGCCGACGUCUACUCCUUCUCUAUACUUAUGUGGCAGCUCUUGACUCGCGAAGAUCCUUUCGAAGGGAAAUCUCAGAUUGAAGCGGCAGCGGCCGUUGCCAUGGAAUCUGCCCGCCCUCCGUUUCACGCCGAAACGCCUGAUUCGAUAGUGCGGCUGAUUCAAGCCUGCUGGAGCGAUGAUCCACGGAAACGCUUACCGUUCGACAAAAUUUCCAAGACUCUGGCUAGUAUUGAAUCUACACAG